UUGUAAAAUCGUUUCACACCCCCUCUUUACUCCCUGCUCAUCUUCACACUGGCAUCAGAAUUUGUUAUCUGAAUAAUAUUUAGGUGAAUCUCCAACCGCUGAUCAAGAUUCUGAAGCACGUUGGUCGAUUCCACCUGAUAUUUUCUUGUUUGUUCCCCUUUAUUAUUAAUCAGAAUAUCUUAUCUUGCUAAAUCCAUACAGAUAACCAUUACAAAUUAGAACCCAUCUAACAUACGCCAAAAUUGUGCAUAAACCCCCAUCCCACCCACAAGAUCUGAUCACCAUAUCAAUUCUACUGUGUGUGAUUGGUGUUUGUGUGAGAUGGGUGUGUGUGGAUCGAAACCAAAAGGGUGCGUGUGUGUUGGGUUAGGUAACAGGAGGAAGCAUGAAGAUGGUGAAAUAACACCCAGGAUUAACGCAACAACACAUGGGAGAAGACGAAGAAGACGAAUCGGUAGGAAGUCGAAAACGGAAGCUGUUAAUCGGUAUUCGUCUCGUAACACUGCUGCUGCUGCUGGUACUAAUUCCAUGGAUCGAUCUUAUCGUAAUCCUACAUUUCAAGGGAAUUCAGAUUCUUGGUAUGAUACUCCAGUUGCAACCGACUCUGAUGAUGAUGAAGAUUUCUACAGCACUCAAGAUGACAUGGUAUCCCAAAACGGUUCCAUCAGUGCAUCAGUGACUCCACGGUUUGCCGAUCAAGUCAACGGUGCUACCUUCUCCGCCUCUAAUCCAUCAAUGAAACCAAACGAAGCACCACCCUCUUCGAUAGAUGGAGUGUCUACUGUAUAUGACGAAUCUCACCAUUUUGGAAUUUUACAAAAUAAUUGUCUCCCGUGCCUGAAUUGCACCACAUCCACAGACGUAAAAAGUAAAUCACCAUGCUCGAGUCCUCCAAGUGCAAAGAAAAAAGUUACUUCUAUGCUUUCAUUUAAAUGGAGGGAAGGCCCAUCCAAUCUUUCCUUACUUUCCCCGAAACCCGUACUUCAAAGACCAGCAGCCGGAUCGCAACUUCCAUGUUGUCCGAUUGACAAGAAAAUGUCUGAUUGCUGGUCUCCACUUGAACCAAGAACGUUUAAAGUCAGGGGACCUAAUUAUUUAAGAGAUAGAAAGAAAGAAAAUGCUUCCAAUGAAGCUGCUUUCUAUCCUAUUGGUGCUGAUGUGUUCUUAUCCCCGCGUAAAAUUGAUCACAUUUCACGUCUCGUUCAACUUCCAACCGUUGAAUCAUCUGGAAAAGUCCCUCCUUUACUUGUGGUAAAUCUUCAGAUACCACUGUAUCCACCUACAAUAUUCCAGAAUGAAUACGAUGGUGAAGGAAUGAGCUUUGUUUUUUACUUCAAGCUCUCAGAAAACUAUGACGAACUCCCACUUCAUUUUCAAGAAAAUAUCAGGAAAAUAAUUGAUGAUGAGGUGGAAAGGGUUAGAGGUUUUCCAGUAGAUUCAAUUGCACCGUGCAGGGAAAGAUUAAAGAUCUUGGGGCGAGUGACAAACUUAGACGAUCUUCAGUUAAGUGCUGCGGAAAAAAGGCUCAUGAAUGCUUACAACGAGAAGCCUGUUCUCACGCGUCCCCAGCAUGAAUUUUACCUGGGAGAAAACUACUUUGAGAUCGAUUUGGACAUGCAUAGAUUUAGUUACAUCUCUAGAAAAGGUUUCGAUGCAUUUCGAGAUCGUUUGAAGCAUUGUACCCUUGAUUUCGGGCUCACCAUUCAGGGUGCCAAGGCUGAAGAAUUGCCAGAAUGCAUUUUAUGUUGCCUUCAUUUGAAAGAAAUUGAUUACAGUAAUUACAACCGUCUUGGAUUUUAAAUCCGGUUGCUUCUUAAGGGCCAAGGAUUAGUAAUUAUUAUGAUUAUUAUAUGCAAAUAAUAAAGUGAAUAUAGAAAAAUGUACAACUUUUAAACUAGAUCUUGGAAUGCUAUUGAUUAGAAUAAGGUUUUACAAGUGUUGUUUUACUUGUUAAUUUUUCA